CUAGAGAUUUGGAUGAUAAUUAUUUUAUGGCUAUGAAAUGAAUUAAAAGAAGAGAAAACAAAGAAUAAAUCCUUAUUCCUUAUCCUUUCUCACUACUCGUUUGGAAAUCUCAACUGGGAUUUCCAACAGUUCCAUUGCCGCGUCCACAUCUUCAGGAGUUGCAAAAUUUUCCAUUAUUUAAAAACUUAUUUACUAAAUUUUGUUACUAAACUUUAUUGCUAGUUGAGCAAGUUCUGUUAGUUUCUUCUGUAGAAGCCAAAAGUCUGUUUUCUUGCAGUGAAAAAAGUCAUGCUUGCUAGAAAGCUGUGUCUUUUCUUGAUAAUUGCUCUCGGUUGCUUUAAGUUGCUGAGAUUUGCUGGGGCUAAGCUGGUCCAAGAAGAAGUUGAUGCUCUUGAAGAAAUUACAAGGACAAUGGGCUCAACAUACUGGAAGUUUGAUGCAGAUUCUUGUAAAGUUGAAAUGGUCGGAGUAACACCAGCGCCGCCCAAGGGUGCAGAGCGGAGCAUAUAUUGCAAAUGCAAUAAUGAGAAUAAUGCUGAUUGUCAUGUCGUAAGGAUAGUGCUCAAGGGCUACAGUCUUCCAGGAGUUCUUCCUCCUCAACUUGUUAAGCUUCCUUACCUUGAAUACAUUGAUUUUGCUUACAACUUCCUCAAUGGUUCUUUACCACGUGAAUGGGCUUCACUGCGACUGACUUACAUCUCUGUUCUUGUAAAUCGCUUGUCAGGGGAGAUUCCAAAAGAGUUGGGAAAUAUCACUACUCUCAGAUAUCUGUCCCUCGAAGCAAACCACUUUUCUGGUGUGGUACCAUCUGAACUUGGAAAAUUAAUUAACUUGAAAACAUUGAUGCUGUCUUCCAAUCAGUUCACUGGAAACUUGCCAGUGUCCUUUGCUGGGCUAAUUAAUCUAACAGAUCUGAGGAUAAAUGAUAACAACUUCAAGGGAACAAUUCCUAAUUUCAUACAAAAUUGGAAGAACCUUACCAGAUUAGAAAUGCAUGCAAGUGGACUGGAGGGCCCCAUUCCAUCAAGUAUUUCUCUUUUGAAUAAUUUGAUCGAGUUAAGAAUUAGUGACAUUGAAGGACCAAGCCAGGGUUUCCCUCAUCUAAAAAAUGUGACAGGCAUAGUGAGAUUGGUUUUAAGGAGCUGUAACAUUUAUGGGGAGCUUCCUGCCUACUUGUGGACAAUACAGAGUCUUGAGCUGUUGGAUGUCAGUUUCAACAAGUUAGUUGGAAAAAUUCCUGAUAGCAUAACUGCAGAACGUUUGCGCUUUGUCUUUCUAACUGGCAACUUGCUAACUGGAGAUGUGCCAGAUUCAAUCUUGAAGGGAGGAAGCAAUAUUGACUUGUCUUACAAUAACUUAGUAUUUCAAGACCCAGAGAAACCUGCUUGUCGAGAAAACAUGAACCUAUAUUUGAACUUAUACCGAAGCUCGUCCAUGGUGAACAGUUCGCUAAAUCUUCCAUGUCUGGAGACUUUUAAAUGUCCUCACUAUUCAAGUUGUUUACAUCUUAACUGUGGUGGAAAAGACACAGUCAUCGAGGAAGACGAAACAUCCAUUUUGUAUGAAGGAGAUGCAGCAGUUGAAGGUGGUGCAGCAAAAUAUUUUUUAAAUGACAAAAGCUACUGGGGGUUUAGUAGCACUGGUGACUACAUGGACGAUUAUGAUUACCAAAACACUCGUUAUACUGUGUCUUUACAUUCGUCAAACAUUUCCGAACUGCAUUCAACUGCACGCAAAUCUCCAGUUUCUCUUACAUAUUUCCAUCAUUGCUUGAAAAAUGGGAAGUACAUGGUGAAACUCCACUUUGCAGAGCUACAAUUCACUAAUGAUAAAACAUACAACAGCCUUGGGAGGCGCAUAUUUGAUAUUUAUGUUCAGGAAAGGUUGGUAUGGAAGGAUUUCAACAUUGAAGUUAAGGUUGGUAGUGCUCAAAAGCCUUUAGUAUUGCAAGUACCUGAUGUCAAUGUCACUAGUAAUAUCUUGGAGAUCCGGUUUUAUUUUGCUGGCAAAGGGACAACAAGAAUCCCUGAUAGAGGGGUUUAUGGCCCCAUCAUAUCAGCCAUCUCUGUAGCAUCUGAUUUGAAACUUUGUUCAAGGGCAAAAAGCAAGGGUACUGCUUAUAUUGCUGUCAUUGUUGUUGGAGCAUUAUGCCUUAUUUUCAUUGUCACUGCACUCCUUUGGUGGAAAGGCUAUUUACCAGGAAAUUGGGACAAAAGAAAAGAUACUGGACCAGAUAUGCCAAUGGGGACCUUUUCCUUGAAAAAAAUCAGGGCUGCUACUAAUGACUUUGAUUCUGCUAACAAGAUUGGAGAAGGUGGUUUCGGUCCUGUAUACAAGGGUCUGUUAUCUGAUGGUACUGUGAUAGCAGUGAAGCAACUUUCUUCUAAAUCAAGGCAAGGAAAUCGUGAAUUCUUAAAUGAGAUAGGCAUGAUUUCAUGUUUACAACAUCCAAAUCUUGUCAAACUACAUGGAUUUUGUGUUGAAAAGGACCAGUUAUUGCUGGUAUACGAGUACAUGGAAAAUAAUAGUCUUGCCCGUGCUUUGUUUGAUGACAAUAAUCAGCUUAAACUGGAUUGGCCUACGAGGCUUAAAAUCUGUAUUGGGCUAGCUAAGGGUCUUGCUUUUCUGCAUGAAGAAUCAACACUUAAGAUAGUUCACAGAGACAUCAAAGCUACUAACGUUCUUCUUGAUAGGGACUUGAACCCUAAAAUAUCAGACUUUGGAUUGGCUAGGCUUGAUGAAGAGGAAAAGAGCCACAUCAGCACCCGAGUUGCUGGAACAAUAGGAUAUAUGGCACCUGAAUAUGCGUUGUGGGGUUAUCUGACUGACAAAGCAGAUGUUUACAGUUUUGGAGUUGUGGUAUUGGAAAUUGUUAGUGGGAAGAACAACAAUAGUUUUAUGCCAAGCAACCAUUGCGUUUGUCUCUUAGAUUGGGCCUGCCAUUUGCAACAAAAUGGGAAUUUGAUUGAGCUUGUUGAUGAGCCAUUGAGGUCCGAGGUCAGCAAAGAAGCAGUAGAAACAAUAGUUAAAGUAGGUCUGUUGUGCACAAGUGCAACCCCUACUCUUAGACCUACCAUGUCCGAGGUAGUGUACAUGCUUGAAGGUCGAAUGGCUAUCCCUGACACAGUCCCCGAACCAAGUAGUUACACUGAAGAUUUGAGGUUUAAGGCCAUGAGAGACCUCCGUCAGCACAAUCAAAGUCAAAGUCAAAGUCUGAGUGGUAGCCAAACCCAAAAUUCAACCACAGUGCAUACAUUUGGCUCUUCCUCUGUAUCUGAACAUGAUUUCUAUGAAAUCAAUCCUGGAUCAGAACUCUAGGAAUAGGUUUAAAUGAGUGGCUGAAGAGCCAUUGAGGGAACUAAAAACCCACCAGUUCUGUCCCGAUUGCCAUAUUGAAGUUUUGCUGCUAGAUUAUUUUAUUUUAUUUUAUUUUUUAAUGUAAGAAUGCAUCUCUAUGCAUACUAUAAAGUGUUGGAGAUGGUUUUGUAUGAUGCGAAUGUCUUUGUAUAUUUUGCACGAAAUGGGAAUAUAAUUUAUUCACAUUAAAGCA